UUAUAUGUUUUUAAUUAAACAAACUUCAUGUUAGUGUAGAAAACAAAAAUGCAUGUAACAGCUUUACUCACUUUUGCAUGCUUAGUAUGCAUUUCAGAAUGUGCAGAGUUCCAUACAAGUCUAAUAAUAGAUGAUGUGCUAAGUUGCCCGGAAGAGGGUGAUGUAAUGAAAGAUUUCGACUUGAAAAAUAUAUCUCUAACUAUAGUUGAUGAACAGACGUUAGUAAAUGGAAAUUUUGUAUACUCUGGUGAAGUGCCAGGAGAACCUAGUGUCAAGGUAGUAUCGAUUGGUGAAAAGUGUAAGCAUAAAAGUUUACCGGCUACAUGUGAAAAGAUGUUUGACUUUCAAAUCAACAACCUAUGCAAAUUAUGGAGGAAAAAAGGUCAAAUUUGGACUAAGCCAUUAGAAAGUGUAACACCACCACUAGAUUGUAGAAUAAAGAAUGAUGUGUAUACGGUGACUAAUGGGACUCUUGACGAGGAAAUGCUAAGAAAAAUAAUACCUGAUGCUGAAAAAUACUACUGGAAACUCAAAGUGAAGAUAUUUUAUAACAAUGAACUGCAAAUAUGCGGACAAAUUUGUUUCGGAUUUCCAAAGUUUCCGGGCAAAAAGGUGAAAAAACAUUGAGUAAUGUUUUCUCAUGAAUAUAAAUUUUUCUUUGUUAGUGAUUAAAAAA